AUGGAUCCUACUGCUUUGGAUGUUCUGACCAGUUAUCUUCUCAAGUAUAACUAUUUAGUGUGCCCGUGUAGUUCAAUGCAAGGGAUGUUGCAACGGCUGAAGAAUGAAAAAGAUUUCGACUUGAUAAUAUGCGAUGCCGACCUUCCUGGUCUCGACGUUAGCAAAUUUCUCGCCUACGUCGCAAUUGUGAUGAAUGUUAGAGUAAUAAUGAUGUCCGACAAUGGUUCGGAAAGCAAGGUGAUCCAAAUGGUGGAUGGUAAUUCUGCAUUUUACUAUCCCAAGCCAAUCCAGGAGAAUGAAGCGAGAUACUUGUGGCAAUAUGUGAUCGGGAAACAGCAGCAGCAGCAGCAACAGCCCAAAUUGGUGACUGAAGAGCAGCAUGGACAUGAAUUCGUCCAUGCAGGUCCCUCGUCGUCGUCCAAGAGAAAAAGAAGUGACAGAGAAUUAAGUAGUUACGAACAAGGAGAGGCUUCCCCCAAGAAGGAGAGAGUAUUAUGGAAUGAUGAGCUCCACGACAAGUUCUGUGAAGUGAUACAACAGCUCGGAGGAAUCGAUGAAGCUACGCCAAAGUUAAUAGAGAAGGCGAUGAAUACACCAUGGUUGACAAGGCAACAUAUCUCGAGCCAUUUGCAAAAAUACCGCCUCAAAUUGAAGGCCGGAAAAGAAGUGAUAAGAAACAAGCACAAUCACUUUGAGAGGGUACUGUCUUUGGAGAUGAUUCAGCCUCAGCCUCGGCCUGCGUUCCGACCAGAAGAAAAAAGAAAUGUCUAUUCAAUUUCGGAGAAUAUUCUUUCGGUAACUAAAAUCGGCUUAGAUGGACGACCUUGCAGUACUACGACUACUACGAUACCGAUGCAGCAGAAUUCAAUGAAUCAAAGGAUAUUGUAUCCCUACAGUAGUCAGAUGGCCCCUUGUAAUGUUUGGUCGGAUGCUUCUCCGUCCUACACCAAACACGACUGCCCCCGACUCCAACUCCCGAGCGAUUCUCCUUCUAAUGUGCAGAGGAAUAAUUUGACAGAGAAUAAUGCAAAUACUAACUAUAAUGUAUGGGAUCAGCAGCCGACUGCAGAGCCAUCGUGUCCUCGGCUGCAAGUGCAACCUGCAGUUGCAAAGACCCUUGAGUUGGAUGAAAAUUUUCUUGGUCUGCCGGACCAUUUCUUCGAGGAAGAAUCUUGUCAGAGACUAAUGAAUGACCUAGACCAACCCUCACGGUCAGAUGCCGACGACUGA